GACGCGGCCAUGGCUGAGGGCAGCGAGCUGACGAACAGGCUCAUGAGUGAGAACGCGGACCUCAAGAAGCAGGUGCGCCUCGUGAAGCAGAACCAGAUGCUGAAGCGGCUGCUCAGUGAGAGCUGCCAGGAGAGCUGUGGGCGCGGCGGCCGCGACCUGCUCAUCGCCAAGGCGCCUGCCUGCCCCGAGGCCUGCUCCCCCGGCAGUGCAGACUGUGGAAGGUUCAGCAGUGGCCCUGAUGUGCCGUCCUCCCUGGAGGACCUGCUGUGCUCACACGCCCCCCUCUGCAGCGAGGACGAUGCCCCCCCGGGCUGUGCGACCUCCUCCCAGGUGCCCUUCAAGGCUUUCCUCAGCUCCCCGGAGCUGUCUGCACCCCGCGGCUCGGACCGGAAGCCGUCCCCGCUCCUGAGUCCCUUGCAGGACCCGCUGGCGGACAAGACCCUGCUGGAGCCCAGGGAGGUGGGCCGGCCCAAGAAGGUGUGCCUCUUGGAGAGCAGCCUGCCCUCCGGGGACAGGACCAGGAGGAGCUACUACCCUAACGAGAUCCAGGGCUUUGCCAGCACCGAGAAGGACGGGCGGAUCGUUGGGGAGAUCGCCUUCCAGCUGGACCGGCGCAUCCUGGCCUAUGUCUUCCCAGGGGUGACCCGGCUCUAUGGCUUCACUGUGUCCAACAUCCCUGAGAAGAUCAAGCAGACGUCCAUCAAGUCCCUGGACGGCUCAGUGGACGAGAAGAGGAUGCGGGAGCUGACGCACCGCUACCUGACCCUGACGGCGCGCCUGGAGAGGCUGGGCUACAACCGCGACGUGCACCCCGCGUUCAGCGAGCUGCUCAUCAACACCUACGGCAUCCUGAAGCAGCGGCCCGGCGUGCGCGCCGACCCUUUGCACAGCAGCCCGGCCGCCCUGCGCAAGUGGGUCAUUGACGUCGUGCCCCCCAAGUUCCUGGGCGACUCGCUACUUCUGCUCAACUGCCUGUGCGAGCUCUCCAAGGAGGACAGCCGCCCGCUCUUCGCCUGGUGAACCCGCCGGCCCGCGCCUCCCUGCAGUAAACGCGUGCUGCAGCCCGGGCGCCGCGCUCCUCGGAGGGCGCGCUGGGGGCGCCAGGGCCCGGUGCACCGCCGCCCCCGCUGUCCCGACGCGCCGGCCGGCGCCCGCCCACCCCACCGCCCACACCUGCGCGGCGAGUCGCCCUCUAUUAAAAGUCGGUCUAUCUGCUGUUC